GCAAACGAGAGCGCGAGCCUAGAACCUUUUUCUGCUUCGCUAGAGGUCAACAGAUUGCUAACAGCAGACAUGCGGUACUGGUGAUUCCGUGUUGGAGACUUGGGAAAGCUAAUUGAUAAAUGUUCUGCCAAUUGAAUCGUUUGCUGGUGGUUUCGCUUUUCAUCUCGAUUUUGGUGCGGGAAUCAGCAGCCUUCUAUCGAGAUCGGCGAAAGGUUUGUAAUUACUACGAAUGGAAGUGCAACAGUGGCCAGUGCAUCGAAUCUAACCAACAAUGCGACGGUGUGGUCGAUUGCAAAGACGGAUCUGACGAAACUUCCAAGAGCUGUGCCUUAAUCCGUUGCCCGAGCUAUGCCUUCCGCUGUCAGUAUGGUGCCUGUGUCGAUGGUAAUGCGCUCUGCAACGGUGUGCGGGAGUGUGCCGACCACUCCGACGAGCAUGCUCACUGUCCCGGAAGUACCGGUCCACUGCUAACCGCACAGGGGAACUGCUCCAAUACGGAGUUUUACUGUCGAUCGGGUGAGUGCAUAGCGGCGGAUCAGGUUUGUGAUGGGCAGGAAGAUUGCAGCGAUGGGACCGAUGAAAGCCAGCAGCUGUGCAGCGUCGUGUUUUGUCCAUCCUUUUCGUUCCGCUGUAGCUACGGUGCAUGCAUAGGCGGAUACUCCAAGUGCGAUGGAGUUAUUGAUUGUCGUGAUGGUUCCGAUGAGGAUGAACUGCUUUGCGGGAAACCUUAUCCUUCGACGACACCGAAAUCCACCGGCCCUGUGUCCUCUACCUCAACCACAACCUCCACCACCACGGAAGCUACGGUAGUGGUUACGGGGCCACCCGGAUCGUGCCUUGUUCCACCAUCACCAAGAAAUGGUCGCAUCGUGCUUGAUGAAACGGCACUGGAGGUACAAAUCAAUCCGGGAGAAUUUAUUGAAAAUUACAACUCGGUCCAUGUGGUGUGCAACGAGAAAUUCACGAUCAAAGGUGCACCCACGAUCGUCUGCCUCGAUGGCCAGUGGAUGGAUCAGUUUCCUAUCUGCGAGAAAUACUGUUCCGAGAUACCUAUCAACGGCAUUACUAUCGAACCUUUCUGUGAGUAUCAACGGCGGCAGAUAACGUGCAAAAGACCGUUACCACCUUCAACCAAGGUACGCAUCGGAUGUCGCGUUGGCUAUCAGAAACCGGUCGAGCCAGUGAAUGAGACUUUAACCUGCCUUGAUGGCUCAUGGGAUAGUGCGGUGUUUCGCUGUGAGCCUGUCUGCGGUACGCCGACGCCAGAUGCAGAAGCGUACAUCAUCGGUGGCCGCAAUAUUUCGAUCGCCGAAGUACCGUGGCACGUGGGUGUCUACAAGAAUCUCAACAAUGAGACGCUUUCCGAUGUGCGAUCCCUGGACUGGCAGUAUGUCUGCGGCGGAAGCAUCCUAACGGAGCGUCUGGUUGUGACGGCCGCCCAUUGCUUCUGGGCAUCGGAGGGAUUCUUUGAUAAGCGCUUUUUCCGGAUCGUCGCGGGAAAGUACCGGCGGGAUAUUGCCGCCAUCGAGGCCCUUCCUUCGCAAAUCUUCCAAGUGUACGAGCUGCUGCACCAACCGCAGUAUCAAGAUUUCUCCGGGUACUACAACCUGGACAUUGCGAUCGUGGUGCUCAGUGAUUUCAUCUCCUACCGCACCUACAUUCGGCCGAUCUGUCUCGAGAGGAAUCUGCGGACCGAGAGCGAGAAGCGCAUUAAACCGAACAGCACCGGGCGGGUUGCUGGUUGGGGAUUCACGACUAGCACCGGCAACCUUAGCCCCGUGCUGAAGGUAAUCGACAUUCCAACGGUGGACUACGUGACGUGCCGAGAGUUUUCACCCAUCGCCUAUCGACCUUUCCUGACUGGGGAUAAGUUCUGUGCCGGGGAUCCACGCUUAGGUACCGGUGUCUGUCAGGGUGAUAGUGGGGGAGGGUUUGCCCUGGCCAAGGAAACUAACGGCGAGUCCGUUUACUACCUCGCGGGUGUGGUAAGCUCUGCUCCACGAGCUAGUAGCGGUGGUUGCGAUAAUAACAAGUAUGUGGCCUUCACUGAGGUACAGAACUACAUUCCAAUGAUACUCGACGCCGAAAGCCGCUACCCGGUGCUAUAGACCAGUGCGAAUAAAGAAACGAAUCCUUUUCCCAACACGGGGGUCAUUUGA